GGUAAGAAAGAUGUCUGGUAUUGUUGGCAUGGGCAAAUUAAAGAACAAACACAUUCUGGAAGGAGACGUACUCUGUAUGGUUCUGCAUUAAAGUAGCAUCUUUCAUUCACUGCCAUUACAUUCAUUAUCUUCUUCUUCACUGCGAAUCAGAGUUCCUGCACUCUUCUCUAUCAUUUUCAGGAAUUAUGGAACACUGAUGGUAUUGAGAAAUUGUUGAUAUUCUUGAUUGUGAGAAAGCAUGGCAUGGUUUAGAGCUGCUUCCAGCAUUGCUAAGCAUGCAGUUAGAAGAAAUAUCUAUAGGGGUAGAUCGUAUUAUCAUGUAGCAAGGACUACGGCAGUUCCAAUUCCACCAACUUCUAGAAACUUCCACACCACAACUUUCAAAUCCAAAGCAGAAUCAGCGCCUGUGCCGCGUGCUGUUCCCCUUUCCAAGUUGACUGACAACUUCUUAGAUGGAACAAGCAGUGUGUAUCUUGAGGAGCUUCAAAGAGCUUGGGAAGCUGAUCCUAACAGUGUGGACGAAUCUUGGGACAAUUUCUUUAGGAACUUUGUUGGUCAAGCUUCCACAACACCAGGGAUUUCGGGCCAAACAAUCCAGGAGAGUAUGAAAUUGCUGUUAUUGGUGAGAGGAUAUCAGGUUAAUGGCCACAUGAAAGCAAAGUUAGAUCCUUUGGGUUUGGAAGAACGAAAAGUCCCUGAUGAAUUAGACCCUGCCUUUUAUGGGUUCACUGAGGCUGAUCUUGACAGAGAAUUCUUCUUGGGGGUUUGGAGGAUGUCUGGAUUUUUAUCCGAGAAUAGGCCGGUGCAGACCCUUAGAUCCAUUUUGACACGGCUUGAGCAAGCUUACUGCGGAAGCAUUGGGUAUGAGUACAUGCAUAUACCGGACCGGGACAAGUGUAAUUGGCUUAGAGACAAGGUUGAAACUCCCACACCUACCCAGUAUGGUCGGGAGCGUCGCGAGGUUAUCAUUGAUAGGCUUUCCUGGAGUACUCUUUUUGAGAAUUUCUUGGCAACAAAAUGGAAAUCAGCAAAGAGAUUUGGGCUUGAAGGAGGAGAGACACUUAUUCCUGGCAUGAAAGAAAUGUUUGAUCGAGCAGCUGAUCAUGGGGUUGAGAGCAUUGUCAUGGGAAUGGCACAUAGGGGAAGACUUAAUGUUUUAGGCAAUGUGGUCCGGAAGCCACUUCGCCAGAUCUUUUGCGAAUUUAGUGGUGGCCAACCUCAGGAUGAAGUUGGGCUAUACACAGGAACUGGUGAUGUUAAAUAUCACUUGGGAACAUCGUAUGAUCGCCCAACUCGGAGUGGAAGAAGGUUACAUUUGUCUCUGUUGGCGAAUCCUAGUCACUUGGAAGCUGUCAAUCCAGUUGUGGUUGGGAAAACUCGAGCAAAGCAGUAUUUCUCAAAUGAUGUGGACAGGAAGAAGAAUAUGGGUGUGUUGAUCCAUGGAGAUGGUAGUUUUGCUGGACAAGGUGUGGUCUAUGAAACUCUUCACCUUAGUGCACUACCGAAUUACACUACUGGUGGGACUAUUCACAUUGUGUUAAAUAACCAAGUUGCAUUUACAACUGAUCCAAAGGCUGGAAGGUCUUCUCAAUAUAGCACUGAUGUUGCUAAGGCCUUAAAUGCUCCCAUCUUUCAUGUGAAUGGUGAUGAUGUGGAAGCAGUUGUUCAUGCCUGUGAACUUGCAGCUGAGUGGCGCCAGACUUUCCAUUCGGAUGUGGUCAUUGACUUGGUCUGCUACCGUCGAUUUGGUCACAAUGAAAUUGAUGAACCAUCUUUUACACAGCCUGAAAUGUAUAAGGUGAUUCGAAACCAUCCAUCAGCUCUAGAGAUUUAUCAGAAGAAACUUUUGGAAUCAGGGGAGGUGACACAGCAGGACAUUGAUAAGAUACACAAGAAGGUCAUGUCAAUUCUAAAUGAAGAAUUCUUGGCUAGCAAAGAUUAUGUUCCAAAAAGAAGGGACUGGCUUUCUGCAUAUUGGUCCGGUUUCAAGUCACCAGAACAGCUUUCACGAAUUCGGAACACUGGAGUGAAACCGGAGAUUUUAAAAAAUGUUGGGAAAGCAAUAACAAUCUUACCUGAAAAUUUCACUCCUCAUAAAGCAGUAAAGAGAAUUUAUGAACAGCGUGCGAAAAUGAUCGAAUCAGGAGAAGAUAUUGACUGGGGCUUUGCCGAGGCACUCGCUUUCGCUACAUUGUUAGUCGAAGGUAACCAUGUUCGGCUAAGUGGUCAGGAUGUUGAAAGAGGAACAUUUAGUCACCGCCAUGCUGUAGUUCAUGAUCAGGCAACUGGGGAGCAAUACUGCCCCCUAGACCAUGUCAUAAGUAACCAAAAUGAAGAAAUGUUUACUGUUAGCAACAGCUCACUUUCUGAGUUUGGUGUUCUUGGAUUUGAAUUGGGUUACUCAAUGGAGAAUCCGAAUUCAUUGGUGAUCUGGGAGGCUCAAUUUGGUGAUUUUGCUAAUGGUGCUCAAGUGAUAUUUGACAAUUUCUUGAGUUCUGGUGAGUCUAAGUGGCUCCGUCAGACCGGACUGGUAGUGUUACUUCCGCAUGGUUAUGAUGGCCAGGGACCUGAGCAUUCAAGUGGAAGAUUGGAACGUUAUCUUCAGAUGGCUGAUGAUAAUCCUUAUGUGAUUCCUGUAAUGGAGCCAACUCUUAGGAAACAAAUUCAGGAGUGUAAUUGGCAGGUUGUAAAUGUUACAACUCCUGCAAAUUUCUUCCAUGUUCUAAGGCGGCAGAUACAUAGAGAAUUCCGUAAACCUCUAAUUGUAAUGUCCCCUAAGAACCUGCUUCGGCAUAAGGAUUGUAGAUCACAUUUAUCUGAGUUUGAUGAUGUCCAAGGACACCCGGGUUUCGACAAACAGGGUACCAGAUUUAAGCGCCUCAUCAAAGAUCAAAAUAACCACUCUGAUCUUGAGGAGGGUAUCAGGCGUCUGGUACUCUGCUCUGGAAAGGUUUAUUAUGAACUUGACGAACAACGACGAAAGCAAGAUGCAAAAGAUGUUGCAAUCUGUAGGGUUGAGCAGCUAUGUCCUUUCCCUUAUGACCUCGUCCAACGAGAGCUCAAGCGAUAUCCAAAUGCGGAAAUUGUUUGGUGUCAAGAAGAGCCAAUGAACAUGGGGGCAUACACUUAUGUUCUACCGCGGCUUAUAACAUCGUUGAAGGCUCUUGGCAGAGGAGGCUAUGAAGACAUCAAUUAUGUCGGUCGUGCCCCGUCUGCAGCUGUAGCCACUGGUUUUCUGAGUGUUCACCUUAAGGAGCAAGCUGAACUUGUUCAGAAAGCUAUUCAGCCAGAACCAAUCAACUACCCUUACUGAGGCUUUGCAGAUAUUUAUACGUACAUAUAUACAUACAUAGAUGAAUUCAAGAGUGAUGAUGCACUUAAUUUUACCUCCAUAUGUCUGGAGCAAUAAUUGAAGGGUACUUUACAUAAUGAUUCUUAUACAAACUUUUCACCCUUUACAUUGUAUGUUCUGCCUCUGACGAAAUGCCAGGUGAGCUGAAAUUCAUGGCUAGUUAAUAUAAUUGAUAACUUCCAGUGUUUUAUAUUUUAUUUUAAUUAAAUUCCCAAGCGCCUCAUCCAUAAUUGUGGGAUGUGAAUUAUUAAGGUCCCUCAUGUCUGUAUUAUUUCUAAAGCUUCUUGGGUCUUCGGUAGGAUGUCAAAGAAGAUCAUCAGAAAGGAUGUUAAAUUGACUCCAAUGAUGAGUAUUGAUUCA